UCUCGCUCUCCUUCGCCGCGCAAGCCACAGAGCAAAGCGAAGCCGCAGUGCCAGUAGUCCACCACCGGCGCACCACCACCGCUCCCCACCCCCGACCCGACGCGAUGGCCACCCUCCGCCUCACCUCCGUCACCCUCCGCCCCGCCGCCUCCCCCUCACCCGCCGCGGCCGCCGCGCCGCGGUUCGCCUCCUUCGCCCGCGCCGCGGCGCGCGGGUUCCCCUCGCUCCGCCUCGCGCCGCCGCGCCGCCGCGGGGACCUCGCCAGGCCCAGGGCCGCCGCCGACUCCGCGGCGGAGGGCUACGCGACGGCGCUGUCCGAGGUGGCCUCGGAGAACGGCACCCUCGAGGCGACCGUCUCGGACCUGGAGAAGCUGGAGAAGAUCUUCGCGGAGGAGUCCAUCGCCGAGUUCUUCGACAACCCCACGGUGCCGCGCGACGAGAAGGGCCAGCUCAUCGACGAGAUCGCCAAGUCGUCGGAGCUCCAGCCGCACAUCAUCAACUUCCUCAACGUCGUGGUGGACAACGGCCGGGCGGGGCUCAUGACGCAGAUCGUGCGGGAGUUCGAGAACGCCUACAACACGCUCACCGGCACUGAGGUGGCCACCGUCACCUCCGUAGUGCAGCUCGAGUCGCAGGACCUCUCGCAGAUCGCGCAGCAGGUGCAGAACUUGACCGGCGCGAAGAACGUCCGGAUCAAGACCCGCAUCGACCCGGAGCUCAUCGCCGGCUUCACCAUCCAGUACGGCCGCGACGGCUCCAGCCUCAUUGACAUGAGCGUCCGGAAGCAGAUCGAGGAGAUCGCCUCUGAGUUCGAGAUGCCCGCCGUGACCCUCGACGCCUGAUCGGCUUCCACCCCUCCCGGCGGUGUGCCUUGGCCACUAGCUGCCAUUGUCACAAGAUAUCUCAAGGCUAGUCAGGAAUACUGGUCUCAUUCCCUUCAGAACUGAAGAUAUAAUGGUGGAGGCUCAGAUACAUGUGUCGAGGACAUUCUUUCCUGCAUUUCUUUUCAUUUUUUGGCACGAGCCAAUGUAAUUCUCUUUUCUUUUCUUUUUCUUCUUUCGUUGUCCUUGUAAUUUGCUUGAAAUACUCAAGUAUAGAGACAUUGUUCCUCCUCUAUGUGCCUGCCGAUAGAGUUUGCAGAUAUGUAUAGAAUGUGCCAUUGUUUUCAGCCGAUAAAUGAGAAAUAUAUCAUGUUGGUGCUCC